CACUUACUUAAAUAAAUUAAAUGGUUUGAGGUAUUUUUUCUUUAAACGAUUAUUUUGACUCUUCUGAUAUCAGUAUAUCACUUAUGUAAACGGUGGUGUCACAAACACACUGAAAAGGACAGUCUUAUAUAAAAGCUCUUGCUUGGAAUGGUCUAUUUACUUAACCCUUUCUGACAGAAUACCCUAGUCCAGCCUCUUGGUGAGCCCGAGGCGACACAUAUCCUAAUCCAUGGAGACCUGGACAAACAAUAGUAAACCGACAAGAAGCACGCCACGUAGGGUAGCAUCAGAUGUAGAUCCGGAAUGGUGUAGCUGUCUGUCCCACAGUAGCACGCACACAGGCGUUGUUUUACUUCGAUUAACACGUUCUAAAGAAAGUGUUGGAGUCGAUGCCAAACUCUAGCGAUGUUCUGGGAUUGGUACCGUUGCUGUUCCUUCUCAUACCCGCGUGUUCAGUCACAGGUCAGACAGCUCGAGACAACACGGGGACCUCAUUCCAGAAUGUCACCACAACUGAUGGUUAUACGGGUACGCCAAACGUCACACAAAACGUGACAGCACAAACCCAGGCCGUACGCUCAGGAGCAGCCGCGGGCUUUGAGCUGCCCGAGGCAGUCGGCGCUGUGGUCUUACUUCUCAUUCUAUUUGGAGCCAGCAUCGGUAUCAGCAGGCUUGUCAACUACUGCUACCACAGAGACGUGAAUAGACUAGACUUUGAGUCAAAACAUCCUCCCAGUGCUCAACAAACCCAGAAACAGAAAAAUGACCAGAACAAACCCACCGUUUCAUCACAGACAACCAAAAGAAGCGCGACGCCUUUUGGUGAUCAGGACGACUAUCAAGAAGCGACGGUGUCAUGUGGCAAUACCACAACUGCUUCUAAAGUUCGUCAAGAAGCCUCUAUCAGUGGAAAUAUCCACUCAGCUGAGGAGAGAGCUACAAGAAAGACCUUAGACAAUGCAAAUUUACCAGUAAAAGUAGAUAUCUGGACCGUCUUCAAUAAAAUCGCCCCGCUUGACCUAGCAGCGCGGCCAAAUGUGCUCCCACAGACAUCUGUAGAAAGUCUACCGCCUCUUGUACAGAGGCACUCUGUUCCAAUAACAAAGCAGCAACCUGUCAGUGUGCACAACUACCAGCCAAUAACCGACGGGCUUCCAGUAGAUCAACUUCAUGGGGGCAAAAAUAGCAGAACACCAAAACGUGAUCAGCCAUUUGCGAAGAAGACCGAUUGUACAGGAGACGAAACUGUCGACGUACUGUACCACCAACCGAUCUUAGACGCAAGUGCCUCCUCGACAAAAGAACAAUAUGAAGGCAACGCUGACACCAGAACAUCUCAGAUGGACGAGCAAAUGUCGAUGUACAUGUGUGUUCCUGCGGGCGAAAAUCCAGACAAAAUGCUGUCUUCCAUGUCAAAAGAACAACUUGCAGAUGUCACGCACAGCAGUGUACUACAACCAAAGGAACAAUCACCGGUGCCGAUAGACGAUAGGCGAGGCAUCGACCUCGCUCAGCACAAGGAGACUGACAUCAAUGCUGUUCCAGAAGACGUAAACAACUACGAAUUCGACAAACUAAAAGAAAAUUCGACCACUGUUAACAUUGGGAAACAAAAGAAAAAUAAAAGGAAGAAGAAAACAAAGAAGCGAUCGCAAAAGGACAACAGUACGCAAACACAGGACGAUUAUGAAAUAUCUAUCCCGAGCAGAGACCGGGUGUUAGUGCCAGAAGUCGAGAGUGAGCGUGCAACAAAAAACACAGAAGAUGCACCUCCUAACGUUACGAGAACGGCAUUGAUUUCCCAAGCACCAAAAAGUCGCAAGGAACAAAGGAAAGCAAGUAAAACAUCGACUUCAGUCGUAGAUCCAAACACAACUGCACAAGAGGAUAAAGAGAGUAGACACACCAUAGAAACAACUCCUGGGGACAUCCUUCCCGACGUCGGACAGGUGAAUACAAGGAAAAGAAAACUGCUCGAUCUUCUUACUGCGGAGCGUGGAGCCAUGUCACCGACCAGACGACAUACUUUCACCCAACCAAGUCCAAAUCCGUUCCAUGCUAGCUACCAUGUGGUAGAUGUACACAGAGAAAAAGACGGUACAAUAUUGAGAUUGCAAGAAACAAUGAUGGGAUCACAAAAUAUCGUGCGUUUCAAAACAUCUGCUCAGGAUAUAGAGCGUGGGUGUCACAAGAACAAUGGUUUUGAAGGGCACGACGAUGUGUUUAUGGGUGACAGGCACUCUCAGAGUGGUAGAAGUGAUAACGAAAGAAGGGUGACACGGUCAUCUGUUGCCGCAGCUGUCAGUCACAGUCGUCUACGUGCUCUAUCAAUGACGUCAUCGAUGUGCGGAAAAGUUAAGAUGAACCAAGAUCAGGACCUGCCCGAUACAGAGCCGCAUCAAACCUGCUGGGGUAGUGAGAGCAAUAAUUCUCAAACAGGAAUCCACGAUCCACAAGAGUAUAUAAGGCGUCUGGAACAGCUAAGAAAACAUAGGCGUUUAUCUUCCACUAGAGCGGUUAGCUGUGCUGAUGAAUGAUUCAGUUUGCUGUGCACAUUAUACAGUGUGCAGAGUGCAGACCUAGCUAAAAUUGAAUAUCAUGAUGUAAUUGCUUAUGAGAUUUUUUUACUGCAGCUUUAUGUGGAGAUUGAAGAUAACAAUAAAGGUGAUUGAUAUCUCAAUGUUGUCAGUAUCGUUU